GACCGUCAGCCUGCGCGUACUUUCGUGCGCCCCUCGCGACACUUUGCCGACAAACCGUGAGUGAGUGCGCGUGCAGUGAGUGCUAUGUGCUCGGCCGCAUGAGGAUCCUGCUAAGCGAGCUGGGACUGUCUGGCGCGUGCCUCGGAGUGACCCUGGAGCCGCGCGCCGCCGCCGAGGACUCGGAGAAGCCAGCGCCAGGUCAGCGCCCGCAAGACGAUUCGCCUCCCUCUACUUCUGUGUUUAUUUUCGCUUUCGUUGUGUAGAACCUCUUGGUGUAAACCUUAGACUCUGUGUGGAACUGUUGUGACGAUGGCUAUCGGCUAGAAUGCGAGGUGCGUUGCUGACGCCCUCCAGCCAACAUUGCGGCCUUAGAAAAUUCCUUAUUACACGGCCGAGCGCUAUAGAGUCGCGCUCGCCAAGUGCUUUUUCGUCCAACUCAUCCAGCAUGCUACUGCUGCAAACACAAAGCAACUACAGUUCAUCCUUCGCUGAUCUUCUGUCAUCGCAGUAUCAAGAAGACUCUGAAAUCUUAGACGAGAACUUAGAUCCAUUUCCGGACGUAGAAUUCCAUGCACCUAUUGAUCCGGAAAUAAAAUCACAACGAAUUACGCCUGUGAGCGAAACUCCAUCGCCGACGCCCGGUCCGGCGUUGCCAAGUUUUGAGGAGACCUACUCGGUUAGAUACCCUAAACUAGAAAUGGCGGAAUUUGGUAUUAAAAUGGACGAGGAUUGUUACAACGUAGGACCAUACUCUCACCAGGGUCAUGCAUCUACGCAAUUACUUUAUCAAUACCACCAGCCAACAUUACCCUACGUUCCUUCGCCAUACUAUGCACCGGCUCAACCCUGCAGUCCAUCGUUCGAUACAGGGAGCGUCACUCCUACACCGGAUUCAUACUCUUUACCACCUUUUCCAAGUUCAGUUGACUUACAUAUAACAACAGAUCAAAAUUCAAGACAACGGCGUGCCUCUCUACCAGUUCAAAGAUCGGAAUCGAGUAGCUCAAAUGAGAGUCCGAAAAUUCACGGUGGAAGAGUUCAUUGCAUGCAAGCAUCAGCCCCCAGUUCUGCAGCGAGUUCGCCAGGAGGUGCACCGCAAGAUAACGUGGUAACUCGCGCGGCCCCUCAGUCACCCAGCCAGUUAUGUGCUGUUUGUGGAGAUACAGCUGCUUGCCAACACUACGGUGUAAGAACGUGUGAAGGAUGUAAAGGAUUCUUUAAAAGAACUGUACAAAAAGGAUCGAAAUAUGUAUGUUUAGCCGAAAAAUCUUGCCCAGUGGAUAAAAGAAGACGCAAUAGGUGUCAAUUUUGUCGUUUCCAAAAAUGUCUCGCAGUCGGCAUGGUAAAGGAAGUCGUCAGAACAGACUCGUUGAAGGGAAGACGCGGACGGUUGCCGUCCAAACCAAAAUGCCCGCAGGAAUCUCCCCCGAGUCCACCAAUCUCACUCAUCACGGCUCUCGUUAGAGCACACGUAGAUACGUCACCAGACUUCUCUAACCUAGAUUAUUCUCAGUUUAGAGAACCAAAUCCGAUGGAGCCACUGAUGUCAGACUUAGAAGUUAUACAACAAUUUUACACGUUGCUAACGACAUCUAUUGACAUGAUAAAGGUGUUUGCGGAAAAGGUACCUGGUUAUGGAGAGCUUUGUCCUGAAGACAGAGAACAACUGUUUGCAUCCGCUCGCCUGGAAUUAUUCGUACUUAGACUUGCUUACCGCACGCGGCCUGAAGACACCAAGCUAACCUUCUGUAAUGGACUUGUGCUUGACAAACGCCAAUGCCAACGAUCGUUUGGCGAUUGGCUUCAUGCAGUACUGGACUUCAGUAAUACUCUGCAUUCAAUGGACAUUGAUAUUUCAACAUUUGCCUGUCUUUGCGCUCUCACUUUAAUAACAGAACGGCACGGCUUGAAGGAGCCCCACAGAGUUGAGCAAUUGCAAAUGAAGAUAAUUGGGUGUCUUCGGGCACAUAUGCCUGGUGGAGCGGGCGUAGGGGGAGCUGGGGCUCCACACUUCAGCCGGGUUCUUGGAGCUCUACCUGAACUACGAUCUCUCUCCGUACAAGGUCUCCAGCGCAUAUUCUACCUGAAACUCGAAGACUUAGUACCAGCACCGCCUCUAAUCGAAAACAUGUUUCGCGCAAGCUUACCGUUCUAAACAGUAGUUUCAGGUCCCGCCUUAGAAACUCAUCCUUCAAAGCCGGCCCCAUUAUUUUUAUAAUUGUUUACUUAAAUUAAAAUAUUUUUCUAGAAUAACCUAGCAUUCGAUCUCCAUGAAAUCGGUUCUUGAAUGAAUUUGAGUAUAAUAAAUAAGUUUAUUCGUAACAUCUAAGUAAAUAUAAUCAUAAGUGUAAGAUUAAUUUAUUGUUACUGUAAAUUGUGUGAUUCAGUUAUCUUUUUAAAUAUCUACUUAGUAGUCUGCAUUUGAGUUACCGCUCGUGAUCAAUGGCAUCUCGUCGUACAAAUAUUCCUAUGUUAUUUACUUGUGUAUUAAUAUUUAAAUAAGAAAAAUCUAGUCACAAGACUUAUAAAUAUAACAAAUUUGGCUUAUGGGUCACCGAUUUUUAUAGUAUUUUACAAAUAUUGAAAUCGUUAUUGAUGUGAUACGUGGAUACGAUAUCGUUACGAUGUAGAUACCGUUUUUCGGUUCUUCGUAUCUGGAAAGACUAGACUUUGAGUCGAAAGAGUAUCAGUCGGGAGUUACCUUUUAGAUUAUAAUUAUAAUUAAGUCGUUGUGAAUAUUUUUGUUACAUUAUAAAUCCUUUCGUACAAUUCGUAUAUAAUCAGGAAAAAGUUCAGCAUUGCAUUCCUUCAAGUCCGUGUCGUUAAAGUAGAUAGACCCUUGUAGAUAGUUGUAUUGUGAAAAACACUUAGCUUAAAUUUAUCGAUGUAAUAAUAACAUAUCAACAUGUAUUGAUAAACAAAUUACUAUAAUAUUAACCUAAAUUGGGGCGUGGACAAUUUAAACAAUUAUCGUAUAAUUUGAUAAAAUAUAAAAGCAUGAAAAUAUGGACAAAAUACUAGUUGGUAAAUACAUACAAAUAUAUUAGGUGCAAUGAUCCUAAAUGGACCAAAUAGUUUUAAAAACUAUAUAAAACUUAUAAAUUAAAAUUUUAUUUUGUGUUCUAUAGGUAAAAACAAUUACCCUUUUAGACUGAUUAUAUAUAUAUAUUACUUAUACAUGUAUCCCUUAUACGAGUAUAAUGAAUAUUUAAAUAUUUCGUAUAAAAUUUAUUAAUAUUAUCUAACUAUAAUAUCUUUAUAAAAAAUACAAUUGAUAACAACGUAUAUAUGAUAAAAUAUGUAUACGGAUAUUUGCCAGUGCCUGAGAAAGCCUCAUUUCAUAGCCAUUUUUUUGUACUCUGAUGGCGUUAUAGGUAAUUCCAUUUCCGCAGCAAUGACUGCAAACACCAAAAGAGUUAUAGUGGUGUGGAAAAUUUAUUAAUUUGAACCCCUAGACUAGUUGAAAUAAUUGUACUUAAAUGUUUUGAAGAAAUUGUCAUUUUGUACUAAAAUUGUAAUUUGAUAUUGAAAACGUGCUGAACUUUUUUGUUGAUACUCGAACCUUUAUAAUUUAGUUCAUAGCUUUGUAAGUAACCUUUAUAUUGUAACUUAUUUUUUCUUCCGUACACUUUAACCACAGAAUCGUUAAAGUUUUUAAACUGUUAAGUGUACAUAAUAGAUUAAUAAUUUACAUUACGCAAAAAGCUUACUCCACAUAAAUUGUCUUUAAAAAUAAAAAUACCGCUUAAUCAAUCAAAUAUACAUUCCAUCAAAAAUGCUGCAUUGCCCAGAUUCAACUUGUCAAGCACAAAUUAGAUUUUAUAAGAGAUGUUCGUAACGCUUCCUAUUUGAAAAAUAGUUUAGUAGUUGAAAUUGCCUGAAGGAAUUCCUAAUUAAAAGCUUGUAAGUAAUUGUUAAUCAUUGUUUUAUCUUAGCAGUUUACAGAUCAAUACGUCCGAACGAUAAUUUUAUUGCAUUUCGUUUUUCUUUAAAUAGAUUAAUGUGCUUUUGUUACUUAAAUAAUAUUAAUUAUUGUUCUUUUUCUUUGUAAAUAUUUUGUCACAAAUAUAAUGACGCGAACAGCGUUAAUUGAAAUAA